UAAUAUAUGGAAAAUUGAAGUGGUAUUGGGCUUAGUGAUUGGGCUUAGUAAUUGGGCUUAAUAAUUGGGCCCAAAAUUGAAAGCAGAAGAACCACAUUUCUUCCCUCCGCCGUCCGCCUCAUCGGCUUUUUACGCAUUUCCCUCUCAUUCCGAUUCCGAAUGCAAACAACAAUGCUCUCCGUUUCCCCUUUCUUCCAUCUCAUUCUUCUCCUCUUCUCUCUCGCCGAUCUCCUCAACGCCGCCGCCGCCGCCGACUACCUGAAGCUUCCAUUGCUCCACAAGAACCCCUUCUCCUCCCCUUCCCAAGCCCUCUCCUCCGACACCCACCGCCUCUCCCUCCUCUUCUCUGCCCUCCGCCGCCGCCCUAACCCCACUCUCAAAUCCCCUCUCAUCUCCGGCGCCUCCACCGGCUCCGGCCAGUACUUCGUCGACCUCCGCAUUGGCACUCCUCCCCAGAGCCUCCUCCUCGUCGCCGAUACUGGCAGCGACCUCGUCUGGGUCAAAUGCUCCGCCUGCCGCAACUGCUCCCACCACCCUCCCUCCUCUGCUUUCCUCCCCCGUCACUCCUCCUCCUUCUCCCCUUUCCACUGCUUCGACCCCCACUGCCGCCUCCUCCCCCACGCUCCUCCCCACCUCUGUAACCACACGCGCCUCCACUCCCCCUGCCGCUUCCUCUACACUUACGCCGACGGCUCCACCUCCUCCGGCUUCUUCUCCAAGGAAACCACGACGUUGAAGACCCUCACUGGCUCCGAGACCCGUCUUAAAGAUCUGUCGUUCGGGUGCGGCUUCCGGAUCUCGGGUCCGAGCGUUUCGGGCGCCCAAUUUAAUGGAGCACGUGGUGUCAUGGGAUUGGGCAGAGGUCCGAUCUCCUUCUCCACUCAACUCGGCCGCCGAUUUGGCAAUAAAUUUUCCUAUUGUCUUAUGGAUUACACACUCUCUCCGCCGCCCACCAGCUACCUAAUGAUCGGCGGCGGCCUCCGUAGACUCCCCGUGACCAAUGCCACCAAAAUCAGCUACACCCCAUUGCUAAUUAACCCUCUGUCACCAACAUUCUACUACAUUGCCGUCAAGAGCAUCACCGUCGACGGCGUGAAAUUACCCAUCAACCCGACCUUGUGGGCCAUCGACGAGCAAGGAAACGGCGGGACGGUGGUGGAUUCGGGAACGACGCUGACGUAUCUGGCAGAGGAGGCGUACAAGGAGGUGCUGAAGGCGAUGAGACAGCGAGUGAAGCUACCGGCUGCAGCCGAGUUGACUCCGGGAUUCGAUCUAUGCGUGAACGUAUCAAACGAAUCGCAGCGGCCGAGUCUACCACGAGUGAGAUUCCAGCUGGGGAAUGGUGCAGUGUUUCCGCCGCCGGCGAGGAACUACUUUCUGGAGACGGAGGAGGGGGUGAUGUGCUUGGCGAUCCGAGCAGUGGAGGGCGGAAAUGGGUUCUCGGUGAUUGGGAAUCUGAUGCAACAAGGAUUCCUGCUGGAGUUCGACAAGGAGGCGUCGAGGCUGGGCUUCUCAAGGCGGGGCUGCGGGCUUCCUUGAACCUUCGUUCGUUCUUUGGUUCUUUUUUCACGACUCGACUCGACUCGACUCACUGAGUUGGGAACUCGUGACCCAUUUUGGAUUUGCCAAAGUUAUUAAUAAUAAUAAUAAUAAUAAUAAGGUACUUCUGCAUUUCUGUA